CUACUCUCGGCCACCUCCUGCAGACCCUGGCCCCAUGGCUCUUCCGGCUCUGCAAACUGGAAGCACCUCCUCCUCACCCGCUUUCCCUGGACGCUAACCCCAACCUGCCUUUCUCCUCUCCCCCCACGGCCACGCUAACUUCAUUCUGCCCCCAGGCGAAAUUCACCCACAGAGAGGCAGGGGGUGGCGGGGAGGAGGAAAUAAACCGCUUCCUCUUGCUUCCCCGAUCUUCAGCAGGUUUAAAGAACACCGCCCGGGGCGGCCUGGCUGCCCUCCCGGAGCCAGAAGGCCGCGGGGGGCAGGCCGGCCGGCCGGCACGGCCCCGGGAGGCGCCUCGGCGGAGGGGCGGCGCGUCGCUUUGCAGCGGGGAGGGGAUGGGGCUUCCCACCGCCAGCCGCGGCCCCUCGCUGCCCGGGCGGCCGGGCCGGGCCUAGCGGCGCAGUGGGACCGGCCGUCGCGGGGUCGGGGGAGCCAGGCAGCGGCGGGGGAGAGGGGGGCAGGCUACACACCCAGCAGUAGGCCGUCCAUGUCAAAGAUGAGGUAACCCACCGUUGGGCAUCAGGAUCAUUGAAACACCGGUUGUGGAAGCAGACAUGAGAAGAGCUGUGUCAGGCUCCCAAGGUGACAUACUGGCUUGAAGAUUUGUGCUGCUUCGCAGUUCUGUGUGAAGGCAAUGGUCAGUGGUGGCUUCGCAAUAAGGGAAGUCCUGUCUCGUGUCUGUAGCCAGCUAGUGCCAUCUGCUAAGUGCAUCUCAAACAUUUCACCUUGAGUUCUGUAAAGUGAGUGAUUGAUCACAGUGACGCUGCAGGAUUGGAAGAUUCUUAAAUUUCCAUUUCAUGUGCUUACAUAUAGGAACGCUUACCAUGUGUAGUGAAGGCAGAAAUGUACCUGAGAUCCCGACACUGCCCUUGUUUUCCAAAAAUAUCAUGCAGAGUCACUUGCACUUGAAAAGCCUAACCGGAGAUCUUCAGCAACAACUAAACCAAGUGUCUUGGUUAGGCGUGUGUAUAGAGGCAUCAUGAAACUACGUUGAGAUUUUUUCCUACCAGUGAAGUAGUGUCUUAUCAAGAAAUACUGUCGGUGUUGUAUAACAAGUUGUCUUUUUCAGUGUUGUCCUUUCUUCCCCUCCACCCUUCUAUUUCAGUUCACGUGACUGGACUUUGUACCCAUUUACUGAUAAUAAGUUAGCAGCCAUCUUUUUUGAAAACUAGAGGCAGAAACUGAAACAAAUCCGUGCUGUAAGUGUUUAUAUUCUGCGCUGCUGACUGAACUGGCAACUACGAUGAAGAAAAUUAAAAGCUGUUGACAUGGAUUAGUCAUUUAGGAAAGUUACUCUUAGCUACAUAAGAAGUGUCACGUCACCAUGAAGAAGAUGCAACUCCUUUUCUUUCUAAUAAUUUGCCAGUGUGCCAUAAACAGUGUCAAUACCCACCAUGUUUCAAACCCCAAUAUCGUUUUACUGAUGGCUGAUGAUCUUGGUAUUGGAGACCUGGGAUGUUAUGGGAACAGAACUUUAAGAACCCCUAAUAUUGACCGGCUUGCAGAGGAAGGAGUGACACUUACUCAGCAUUUAGCAGCAUCUCCACUUUGUACUCCAAGCAGGGCAGCUUUCCUGACAGGGCGAUAUCCUAUCAGAUCAGGAAUGGCUGCCUUCUCACGAGUUGGUGUCUUCUUAUUUUCUGCCUCUUCUGGAGGACUUCCUUCUGAAGAAAUAACUUUUUCUGAACUCCUGAAGCAGAGAGGUUAUGCAACAGCUCUAAUAGGAAAGUGGCAUCUUGGGAUGAACUGUGAAAGCAGUAAUGACUUCUGUCACCACCCCCUCAGUCAUGGAUUUGAUUACUUUUAUGGGCUUACUGUGACCAAUUUUAGAGACUGCAAACCUGGCCAAGGCAGUGUAUUUUUAAAAGGGGUUCAGAAAUCCCUUGUCAUCCCAAUCCAAAUCGCUGGAAUCACCUUGGUCUCUUUGGCAAUAGUGCAUUACAUCGGCCUCCUCAAAGUACCUUUCCAAGUAUUGGGUUACUGCUUGUUAAUAACUGCUAUUUCACUUGCAGUUUUGAUCUUUUUCUUUUAUCAUUUUCGACACCUGAACUGCUUCUUAAUGAGGGACCAUCAGAUUAUCCAGCAACCACUAUCCUAUGAGAACCUUACUCAGAGACUGACAAAGGAAGCCAUACAGUUUAUAGGAAGGAACACUGAUGUACCGUUUCUUCUUGUCCUGUCUUAUCUCCAUGUCCAUACUGCUCUCUACGCUUCAAAAAAAUUCAGAGGAAAGAGCAAGCACGGUUUAUAUGGGGAUGCAGUGGAAGAAAUGGACUGGAGUGUAGGGCAGGUUCUAGAUAUGCUGGAGAAAUAUAAUCUGAGCAAUAAUACUCUUGUGUACUUUACAUCUGACCAAGGGGCUCAUGUUGAAGAAAUCUCCAGUUCUGGAGAAGUCCAUGGAGGACACAAUGGAAUAUAUAAAGGGGGAAAAUCAACAAACUGGGAAGGAGGCAUUCGUGUGCCAGGGCUGCUCCGUUGGCCUGGAGUGAUACAGGCUGGUGCCCAUAUGGAUGAACCAACAAGUAACAUGGAUAUAUUUCCUACCAUAGUCAAACUUGCUGAGGCAGAGUUACCCUCUGACAGAAUUAUUGAUGGACAUGAUCUGAUGCCCUUACUUCAAGGAAAAAUUACCCGAUCCAAGCAUGAAUUUCUCUUCCAUUACUGUAACGCAUAUUUAAAUGCGGUGCGCUGGCAUCCAGGAAACAGUGAAUCUGUCUGGAAAGUCUUCUUCUUCACUCCAAACUUCAGUCCUGAAGGCUCCAAUGGUUGCUACGAUUCCCACGUUUGCUUCUGCCAUGGAGGAUUCAUCACACGACACGAUCCCCCUCUGCUCUUUGAUCUUUCCAGAGACCCCGAAGAGAAAGUCCCACUGACUCCAGAAACAGAGAGCCAUUUCUACGAAAUCCUCAGGGCCGUAUACCAAGCAGUAGACAACCACACCAGAUCCCUGCAUUCUGUCCCUAACCAGCUAUCAUGGGACAACCUUCUCUGGAAGCCAUGGCUCCAGCCAUGCUGCUCAUCUCUCUUUCAGUCUUGCUACUGUGACUAUGACUCAGAAGGGAACCUGCCAGAGGUGCACUCAGGAUAGACAAGCUGUAAUUCUCCUUAGGAAACUGGAACAAGAGAGCGUGGGUAGCUGACUCGAACCACUGCAGUACUAGCCUUCAGAAGGUUUUGGUAUGCUGGAGGACCUGUCUUUGAAUACAUCAAUUGAAGGGAAUUUCAGUCAAUAAAAUGUGCCAAGAGAAGGGGGGCAAGAUACACCUUUUCUGUCUUUAUGAUACAAGAAUCAGUAUGAAGCACAUGUUGCUGUCCUCAUCUACAAAUGGGUAGAGUGUAGGGGUUUUCUAGCUGAGAUAAUUUUCUAGGUUUUCAGCUUUUUUCUUGCUAAGCAAGGAAUUUACCUAUAAUUUAUGUCAGUUACAACCACUAAAUGCACACUUUCCUGUCCUUUUUGCUAAGUAUUAUCCACCAUCAAUAGGACAUAGCACCAAGUAAAAAUAGAGAGAUAACAGUGCAGAGGUCCACCUGUGACUAUAAUUUGAUAAUUGAUAGAUAAAGAGCAGACCUGUAACAGCAUCUCUAUCAACAAGCAUCAUGGAUAUGAAAUCAUAAACAGAUUGCCAAUAAUCUAACAUUACAAGUGCCACAAAAAUCUAGAAAGCUAUGUAGUGGAAGACCUUGUGUCUACAUUAAAAUGGAGCUCCCUAGCUAGUGUUUUAUUGCAUGGCAGUAACCUUUGUUUCAAAAGGAACCCACUUCAAGUGUGCCAGUUUUAUGCUUGAGUGUGUACCAUAAGUCUCCAUAUAUAUGUAUUCAAGCCCCCCAAAAACCCACAAAACCUUCAAUCCCUGAUAUAGGCACACACUUAUGGUCAUAGCCCAGUUGCCAAAAUGAAAGAUUUGGUCCAUAUUUGAUAUCUGAGGUCCAAAUUCACAUGAUGCUACAAAGAUAUCUUUCUCUAUCUACCAUACCUAUUCUUCCACUGAUGAAUGUAUUGUGCGUCACAAAUAAAUGAAAUUUUGUCUUCCUUUAAA